AUGAAUGAAACAGAUUAACUAAAAUAAUAAUUAAAGGAUUUUGAAGAAAAAUGUUUGUAUCAAGACAUCUAAAUCACUCGCCUUAUGAAUGAUAAUAAAGAUACAUAUUAAGCAAACUAAUAAUUGACUCAAUAAAUUUUAAGCUUAGACAAUAUAGUGAAUUAACUUAUAAUGGAGAAUUAAUUUCUUAGAAGUGAAAAUGAAUAAAUUAAGCAGAAUUCAUUUAAGACUUAAUCAAACUUUUAUUCAUCAUAUUUAGAUUAGGAAUUCUUUGAUCCUAACCAUGAAAUUAGCGAUAUGAUUAGUUAGAAAUAAAAGAAACUCAAAGAACUUAAGUAAAUUUAAUAAAAAGAAGAAUCUAAACCAACUUAGUAAAAUAAAGUUGUUCAAAGCUUAUUAGAUGAAGUGAUAUAGGAUAAAAUAAUGAAUUUAUAGAUGGAUAUUACAGCAUUAUAAUAAUUAUUACAAUAAUGA